CUUUGCAGGAAGAGAUGUCCGGAGAGACCGUGGUGAGCACAGCUGUGCCGGCAGCUGCCACUCGCACCACCUCCUUCAAAGGGGCCACUCCAAGCUCCAAGUAUGUGAAGCUGAACAUCGGGGGGGCCCUUUACUACACCACCAUGCAGACCCUGACCAAGCAGGACACCAUGCUGAAGGCCAUGUUCAGCGGCCGGAUGGAGGUUCUCACGGACAGCGAAGGCUGGAUUUUGAUAGACCGCUGUGGCAGGCAUUUCGGAACCAUCUUGAACUACCUGCGUGACGGUGCUGUGCCGCUUCCAGAGAGCCGGCGGGAGAUCGAAGAGCUGUUGGCAGAGGCAAAGUAUUACCUGGUGCAGGGCCUGGUAGAUGAGUGCCAGGCUGCCCUUCAGCAGAAUAAAGAUGUCUAUGAACCCUUUUGCAAAGUGCCCAUCAUUACAUCCUCCAAAGAAGAGCAAAAACUGAUCGCCACGUCUAACAAGCCAGCAGUCAAGUUGCUGUACAACAGAAGCAACAACAAGUACUCUUACACCAGCAAUUCUGAUGACAACAUGCUGAAAAACAUUGAGCUCUUUGACAAGCUGUCCCUGCGGUUCAACGGGCGCGUCCUCUUCAUCAAGGAUGUCAUCGGAGACGAGAUCUGCUGUUGGUCUUUCUACGGCCAGGGGCGCAAGAUCGCAGAGGUCUGCUGCACUUCCAUCGUGUACGCCACCGAGAAGAAACAGACCAAGGUUGAGUUUCCAGAAGCCCGGAUUUACGAGGAGACUUUGAACAUCCUGCUUUAUGAAGCCCAGGAUGGACGCGGGCCGGACAACGCGCUGCUCGAGGCCACUGGGGGAGCCGCCGGCCGCUCCCACCACCUGGAGGAGGACGAGGAACGAGAACGCAUCGAGCGGGUCCGGAGGAUUCACAUCAAGCGCCCCGAUGACCGGGCUCACCUCCACCAGUGAAGGCCGCUUGGCCCCGUUUCAGAAAUCUCCGUCCAUCAUCCUAACUUAUAUCCUGUGAGAUCUAUCAACUGCAUUUUUACCAGCGAGUUAAGAGUGUCGGAGGGUAUUGGACAACGUAGUUCCGUCAGUAAAGUCCACGAGGUGUCUGACCCCACCACGGUCUGGAGGAUCCAGGCAAUACUUCAGGGGCUCGAUGUCUCGGCUUUUCCAGCACUUUUAAAAAUCCAGCUUGCUUCACCUCAACGAAAGACGACUUCCCUGCCUGGGUGUCCCACAGUUGUGUUUCACUAAGGUACUGCUGCUGUCAUGUGCCCAGAAAUCCAGUGUUCAUGGAGGGGGCUGCUCUGCUAGCAGAUCUCUGACACCCCCUCCCCUGAAAAGGUUUCCCAUAAGGAAGGGGCCAGCCGUGCCUUCAAGGAUGCACUGGGGUGAAAGUGCAGCAGAAUCUGGCUACUUUGCUUGGCAAGAGAGCCACGUUGCUCUUUCCUUUGAGUCCAAUUGUUCUUCUUUAGGCUGCUGGAUUUCUUCUAAGAGGGACAGGAGGAGGCUGAAGCUGUAGGAGUUUCUUUAAGAGAAGAAGGCAGUGGGCUUAGCCACAUUGAAGCCACGGCCUGACAGCUCUGCUCAGCUCUUGGCUUUCUUCACUUCUCUUUCCCCUCCUAUUUCCCAGUUUGGGGGAGUCACCACAUGAAACCCACCACGUUGCCUUAAGCCUCCCCUUUCCUCCCAUCGUCCGUCGGAUCUUUUGUGUCUGCCCCUGUCCGUCCGAGGGAUGUUAUAUCCUAUUUAGGCUGAAACGCAAUUCCAGUCAGACAAGCCCGGCUGAUUUUGGUAGUGGCCAUGCAGGUCUUGAUGCCGAUUCGUAUCGGAGCUGCCCUUGGCCUUUGUGUAAGAGACUCACUUUUCAGCAGUCUGAAAUUGUCUUGACCCGCCGUAGCCGAUGGAGGGGGGGGGGCAGGGAAUCCUCAUUUCCUCUGUUAGCCAGACCUGCUUGCGGAAGGUGCCUGAACUGCCUCCAAGUCCCACUGACCCAGGCCUGUGGGGGUGCAUUCUGCUUGCGGCCUGAGGGGUCCGAGACCUCCUUUCCUGGUCACAUAGGCCCCACCUGCUUAGAGCCCCUCCAAUACAUAGCAGCAGUGAGAGAAGAUAUUGCAGACUGGAAAGAAUGUGGUGGCGACUCAGAUGGUGUGGGGGGGGGGGGGGCUACACGUGACUUGGGGUGAGUUUGGCUUAAUCUGCCUCUCAAAGCAGAGGAAGUAUUGUGGGCUGUUCAGGGUAUAAUUAGCAGGCGCCCCAGAGAUUAAGAUGUGAGCUGAAGUAGUGAAGGUCCUCCAAAGGAGAAACGUCCACUCUGAAGCAGGGGGUGGCGCUACUUACCAAAAGGCAACGUUUGCCCGUUUCCCUUCCCAUCUCAGCCAUCUGUCUGCUGGUUUGCUGAGCCUCAAACUUUAGGAGCAAAAAUAACCCCUCUGUCCUACCUGUUCCUUGGACACCUUAAAACACUGAAGCCUCUGAUGGGCAGACAGGAUAAAAGUGUGUUCUGUGUGCUGUGUAGUUCUGUGUGCAGCACCCUCCCGUGGACCAGCAGCAACAAGAAGCGUGGCCUCUGAAAAGGCCCCCAAGUUUCGCUGGCCGUGUUCACCUGCUGUUCCACCCUCUGCAGCCUAGCCUGGUUCCUGGCAGCCCUGGCCUCUUCCAGCUGGAGCUCCAAACAGCCGCUUCUGUCCUCUCCCUCCUUCCCCCUAAGCCUGGCAAGUCUGUCUCAGGCCAAGCGUCUCCACAAGAUUGGCCUCUUCCUGGAUGUGAAAAAAGGCUGACUAGGUAGAAUCUUUCUAAUGAUGUCAUGAUGGGUUUUGUGCAAGGGGGAAAAGGGAGGGGAAGGAAGAGGGACAGCUAGCAACAGGAAUGCUACAGUCAUGGUGGCUUGAAAAGAUCCAAGUGGGAGAAUGCUGCAGCAUCCUCUAGUUCUGUGGUGGCAAACCUUUGGCACUCCAGAUGUUAUGGACUAUAAUUCCCAUCAGCCCCUGCCAGCAUGGUCAAUUGGCCAUGCUGGAAGGGCCUGAUGGGAAUUGUAGUCCAUAACAUCUGGAGGGCCAAAGGUUCGCCACCACUGCUCUAGUUGCUAUCUCUUUGGCGGGAGAAUCCAGACAUUGGCCCACACACGUCUCCCCACUUUCAGGAUCGUGUAGCCAGCGUUAGAGAACAGGCUUGGCUUUCCAGCAUGGGGUGUUCAGCAUCAGGCAGGGGCUUAUCAUGCAGGUGAGGCAUCUGCUAGCCCGUGCUGCCAGCUUCUUGAAUUGCACAGCAUUACCCGUCCUCUUGGCCGGGCUGCUUGUAGUUCCCCUCCCAUCUUGUUAAAAGCAGAAAAGAGGCGGCAGCGGAAGGUCUCCAGGGCCAGAGGAAGAGGUGGAGGCCCCUCGUCUGCCCAGCGGUGUCAUGGGAAUGGCCGGGGGAAAGGAGGGCUGUUGGCUCAGGGUCAAGAAUGUGCCUAAAGGAAGUGCGGCUUCUUGCUGCUGAGGACAGGGGUUGUGAAGAGCGUGGGACGAGCAUCAGCUGAAAGGGGCAGGCAGAGUGGGGAAGCAGGUGGGGAAGCAGGUAGACCAGGUCCUCUUUCCUCUCACCCAGUCAGGAAAGAGGAACAUUUAUGAUGGUUUGGCAGGAAUAAACGAAGUGACAGGGCUGGGUGCUUCUUCGUUCUGUUGGUGGAAAGGGAACCGUGGCCUCGCCUGCAUGAACACCCCCCCCCCCAUCCCCUGCCCCAGGUUACUCUCUCCUAUGGAGGGCUGCUCUGUUGUUGCGAAGCAUUUGAGGGUGGCCGUUGUAGAAGGCCUCAGCUGCAUUUGAGAUGGCCUCAACUCCCACUCACAAAAGCAGCUGCAGUAAACCCCCACCCCCCACCCCACAGAUGCUUUUGGUCGGAGCCCAGACAUUUGGGAACUGGUGGCUGCAGCAGGCAGCCCACCAGCACAGAGAUCCGCAGGGUGGGAUUCUCUGAGGGCCCCAAUAUGUUCAUUUUCCUCUUUCAGUGCAUUCCUAGUAUGGGCAGUAGAGAUGGAGAGUGGGGGGCAUGGCGUGUUGUCAUUCAGUGACCUCCAAGAUUUAAGUCCAUUCUUGCAAAAUGUAUUGCCCAGGGGAGCACGGGGCCCUCAGAACUGCAGAGGGCCAGCUCUGCCCCCUCCUCAGGAUGGUCAGAGGGGAAGCACAUGCUGUGGAAAAUGUCCAGCGCUUGCAGUUGCCUGGAACUAGCUGCAGGUCAUUCCCCUGGGGGAGCAGGGAAUGCAUCAUUCCAGUUGCACAAGGUUGCCACAGCUGUCAUUCCCAACUCCUGCCUCUUUCCUGUACAUAGAACAAAUGAUGGCUUCUUAUGAUGUGUGAGUGUGUGUUCUUUGUUUUACACUGAUCUGGAAAGGUGCAAAAUAAAUUAGAAACGUUUCCUAUUUAAA